UCAAGGUUUUAUAUGAUAGAUAGUUAACCUACUCAUCAUUUCCGCCGUCUUGCAGCAAUUUCCCGGCGAUUGUCCGUCGUGUGGUCCGUGAUUAGGGCAAAUUCAGGAUAGAAGACUAGCGGGCGGACGGCAUUAAUCAUGGAAUCAGCUGCCUAUCUUUGUUUACCCUUGUACUUUAAUCACAGUUGCAGAAGAGGAUCGACGAAAAUCACAAACCCGAUUCAGUGUCAACCUCUCCAUAGUCUUCGAUUGAGUAAAAGAGUUGAGAGUGGUCAUAGUUUUGGAUGUUUUACCAAAUCCAGGCUUGUCUCUGCAAGCUCAAACAUUAACGACGGUCAUCCAUCAUCUGUUUACGUAUCUGAAGACAUUGACACAAACAAUGCACCAAAUCCUAAUCCACAAGUGCAGUUGUUCACCAAAUGGGCCCCUCCUAUGUACCUAUGGCGUGGGCUAUCGGUUUUUGUUCUAGCCGGACAGGUGAUCAUGAGGACAUUUAGAGGGAAAAUCCACUGGAAAAACACUCUCCAACAGCUAGAUAGAGUGGGUCCCAAGUCUGUUGGUGUCUGUCUUUUAACAUCUGCCUUUGUUGGCAUGGCCUUCACCAUCCAGUUUGUUAGGGAGUUCACCAGGUUAGGGCUAAACAGAGCCGUUGGUGGGGUCCUGGCUCUAGCUUUUGCACGGGAAUUGAGCCCUGUAGUUACUUCCAUAGUGGUUGCAGGACGUAUUGGUAGUGCAUUUGCUGCAGAAUUGGGAACAAUGCAAGUGUCGGAGCAAACUGACACACUGCGAGUAUUAGGCUCUGAUCCGGUUGACUAUCUGGUAACUCCACGGGUAAUUGCUUCUUGUGUGGCUCUACCUUUCUUGACGUUAAUAUGUUUUACAGUGGGGAUGGCAUCGAGUGCUCUUCUGGCAGAUGGAGUUUAUGGGAUUAGUAUAAAUAUUAUAUUGGAUUCUGCUCAGAGAGCUCUUAGACCGUGGGAUAUAAUUAGCGCAAUGCUUAAGUCUCAAGUGUUUGGGGGGAUUAUAUCAGUUGUGAGCUGCGCAUGGGGGGUUACCACCAUGGGAGGUGCUAAAGGUGUUGGAGAAUCAACUACUUCUGCUGUCGUUAUAUCUCUUGUCGGUAUCUUUAUAGCUGAUUUUGUACUUUCCUAUUGUUUUUUCCAAGGAGCUGGUGAUUCACUUAAAAACUUGUAGUUUGUUGAAAUGAAAUGAUUAUUAGCCUUUCUUUA